AUGAACGAGCCAAGAUUUAUCAGAGGGCACGAGCGCACGACAUUACAUUGUGCUGGGCCCUCACCCCCCAUGGGCCCCGGCCAUGUGAGGCACAGCGAGGGAGUGAGGGCAAAGAGCGAGCCAGGUGGGGCAGAGCUCCCCCGUCGCGGCAGAUUUGGAGAUAGUGCCGACAACGAUGCGGUGCGGUCUCUAGGCCUGGAUCCGGCUGGAGCCCACAGGAGACCGGGUAUGAACUGCGGGUUGCAAGGGCGCCUGGGUACGGUACAAUACAGUACAGCGCCUUGGAUAGGUCGCUGGAACUUCAUUUGGAGGUGCUUGUUUGUCCCAACACGAUAG